AUGCCGUACUUGGGCCUCAGGGGCAAGAAGCUCCUGGCAGCAGUGACUGCUUCUGCUGGCAUGGGCUUCAUUCUUUUUGGCUAUGAUAACGGAGUCAUGGGUUCCGUUCUGGGCGCUCCCUCCUUCGAGGAACAAUUCCACCUCAGCUCCACCAUGGAAGGCACCAUGACAGCCAUGUUUGAGCUUGGAUGCAUCAUCGGCGCAUGGAGCGUGAGCUUGUUUGGCGAACCUUGGGGAAGACGCACCAUUAUCCAUAUGGGAACUCUCUGUGUGUGCAUUGGCGCAGCCAUCCAGACCAGUAGCUACUCUACCGCUCAAUUGAUCGUUGGCCGGAUCGUGGCAGGCAUAGGGAUGGGUUUUAUCACUAGCAGCGUACCCGUGUGGCAAGCGGAGACGUCUCCCGCGUCUAUUCGGGGUACGAUGGUCUGCUCUUCUCUGUCAUUUGUGCUGCUAGGCCAGUUGAUUGCAUACUGGGCGGAAUAUGGCACCAGCCGGUAUAGUAGUAGCUUCUCGUGGAGAUUUCCUUUUGCCUUGCAGGCGAUUAUCGCUAUUAUAGUCAGCCUCAUGCUCUUCUUCAUGCCUGAGUCCCCUCGUUGGCUGUUCAGCCAUGACCGGGAUGAAGAGGCGGUCCAGGUUCUUAGGUGCCUCAGCUCUUCUGCGGAUGAAACUAAGGUAGAAACGGAGGCCGAAGAAAUCAGGGCAGCAAUCAUAUAUGAGAACUCUGUUCAGCGAGGCUGGCUAGACUUGUUCAAAGAAGACAACGUGCGCUCGCGCUGGCGGGUCGCUCUUGCAAUCGGCCUCCAGUCGAUGCAGCCAUUCAGCGGGAGUGCUGUCAUCACGUACUACCAGACAGUCAUCUUUCAGAAUUCCAUUGGCAUGGACCGCAACCAAGCGCAGUUAAUGUCAGGCUAUCUCUCCAUCUGGUUCCUCGCCGCUUCUUUUCUCACCUGGUUCCUGAUCGAGCGCGCGGGACGUCGGCCCCUUUUUCUGAUCUUCUGCAUUGCGAUGGCAAUUGCCAUGGCCGUCAUAGCCGCGAUGGUAGAGGUGAAUACUUACGCAUCCGGGAUCGUUGCCGCCACGGCGAUAUUCCUGUACGAAGCAUUCUUCACCUGGGGAUGGAUGGGCAAUCUCUGGUGCUACACUGCCGAAAUCCUGCCGCUCGACUGCCGAAGCAAGGGGAUGGGAUUUGCGGUCGGUUGCCAGUGGGUGUGGAACUUUGUCAUGAUUUUCGUCACGCCGAUUGGGUUGGCAAACAUCGGCUGGCGAAUGUAUAUCAUCUUCGCAAUCUUCAACUUAUCUUUCUUCCCUAUCAUAUACUUCUUCCUCCCGGAGACCGCUGGUCUAAGUCUCGAGGUUUUGGACGCAGUAUUCGUCGAUAAGGCGUCCAACCCAGUGAAGAAGGCAGGAGAGUUCCGAAAGAAGAUCAAGAGGGGCGAGGCGAUUGUUCUUCGGGACGAGCUUGAAGAUGCACUGGGGAGUGGUGAGAAGGCCCAGGCUCAGGCCAGAUAUGUGGAAAGAAUGGGAAAAACAACGCCAUGA